UUUUGAAGGAGGCUGUCAUGCAAAUUGGAGCAGGUGGAUCUGCAGGUUUUGUAGAAAUUUGUUUAAUGCAUCCUCUGGAUUUGGUGAAGACAAGAUUGCAGCUACAAUCAUCAAAAACACCAGCCAAACGUGGGGACCCACAUCACUAUAAUGGAAUUGUAGACUGUAUGAAAAAAAUGUACAAAUAUGAAGGUCUGAAGUCGUUUUGGGGGGGUAUUCUACCACCUAUCCUAGCUGAAACCCCUAAACGAGCGUUGAAGUUCUUUACUUUUGAACAGUAUAAACAGUUCUUCAUGUUUGGUUCCCGUAAAGCUACACCUUUAACUUUUUCGCUAGCGGGUCUAGGAACUGGAGUGACUGAAGCUAUUUUAAUAAAUCCUUUUGAAGUGGUUAAAGUUUACCUUCAGACUGUUCACGGGGACAGCAAGCACGCAGCUCCUAGUACUUGGUCAGUGACUCGACAGAUUCUCAGAGAACAUGGGUUCGGUUCUAAAGGAUUAAACAAAGGUCUAACAGCUACAAUUGCCAGAAAUGGUAUAUUCAAUAUGUCGUAUUUUGGAUUUUAUCAUAGUGCAAAGGGAUAUAUCCCAGAGAAUGAGGAUCCUCUAUUAGAAUUCUGCAGAGUAGUGAUAACAGGUUUCAUAGCUGGCGUUCUGGGUGCCGUUAUCAAUAUACCAUUUGAUGUGGCAAAGAGCCGCAUUCAAGGCCCGCAGCCUAUUCCAGGAGUCGUAAAAUAUUCCUCUACUAUUGGAACAAUUCGUCUGGUGUACAAAGAGGAAGGGUUACAAGCUCUAUACCAGGGACUUUUGCCCAAAGUGCUGCGCCUGGGCCCAGGAGGAGCCAUCAUGCUAGUGGUUUACGACUACGUAUACCACCUAUUAGAACACAAGCUAUUAAAUUAAAUCUUAG